AUGCCCGAAAAAGUGUUUGUAAUAAUUAAACAUGAGCAUUGCGAAAAUGACUUGGAUUCGUCGAUGAUCAACGUUUUGAAGGACGAACGUUUAGCUUACCUUGCAGCCAUUUCUCUAACACUCAAAGAACAUGAAUUAGAUUAUGUGUUUAUAUACUAUAUUGAGAAGGGAGAACAUGUAUCACCAUAUCUUGAUCAUAGACUUCCACCAACAAUGGACGAAGAAAGGUUCAGAGGUUGGUCCAAAUCACUUCUAAAUGUUAUAUCGCAUUAUAAAAAGAGGGCAUUAAUGGAUGCCCAUUCUUACUUUGUUAAUGAGUAUGUUAAAGAUCAAGGAACAAAGGUCAAAUCGUUCAAUUAUUUAGCAAUUAGUGAGUAUCCAAGUUGGUGUUUGGAGAUUCCUGUGGACCAACUCAAGGAUUUUCUUCACUGGAUCCGACGUUUCAUCAAGACUCCCUAUUAUAAGCAUGAUUCUGAUACCUCCAUACACAGCGUAUAA